ACUGUACGCGAUGAAUGGUCUUUCGCUGAGGCCGGGCUACGUAUGUAGUAAUUGCAUACAAAAUAUUUCUCGGCGGAAUUCUGGACUCCCUACCCGAUCACAGCUGCGACUACAAUCAACCACUGCUUUUCCACAGGAUGCGCCAAACCCAAGGCUGCGGCUCCAGAAACACUGGAGUGGAGAUGUCAAAUCAACAUAUAGGGAUAAGCCACCAACGCAGAGUAUGCUGCAUAUGAGCAAGACGAAAGGUAGCUACCGGCUGGAGUUGACUGAAGAACAAACCUCACCUGCGACCGGGGGUGAUCCCUUUCCAGAGGAACCACGACCACUUUCAAUGAGAGAAAGACGACAACAGAGAAGAGAGGGCAUCUUGAGGUCAUCAACGAUACAUGUGGAUCCAGCUUACCUUCCAGAGCGAGUGAAGCGAAAAUUGCAAGACCAACUGGAAAGUACGAGACUAGAGGCAGUGGAAAAAGAAGGUUUGUCUCCUGAGCCAUCAGCACCACAAGACUUUGAAGCUGGUGGCUCAAAAUCAUCACAUAAAUCCUUCGAUCCACCGAAGAAUAAGAGGGAUACAUCACGGCGAUCACGAAAAGGAAAAACUACCGAGGUCAUAGAAGACCUUCAACCAUCUACACCCUCACCACCACUCGGCUCGAAGCGCAGAUCCGAGCCUAUUCUCCCAUCCAUAAAGCCCGAACUCCCUUCCAGCCACGUAAAGCUCCAUUUCAGCAAGCUGGAAGACUUCCAUUGGUACUGGGAGUCGUUUCCACCAACUAUCGCACAAAAGACACAGGCAAACCACUUUUUCACAAACAACAGCAAGAACGCAAAGUUACUUCGAAGUGUAGCACAAUUUCGCCUAUUCCCAGAAUCAGACGUACCUGAGGUAGCCUUUGUUGGUCGCUCCAAUGUUGGCAAAAGCUCAUUGCUCAAUGCCGUUGUGAACGCAGAUAUUAAGGCGCUAUUAGCACGCACAUCGUCAACACCAGGCUUCACCAAAACGAUGAAUCUCUACGGUCUGGGCGCCGGAAAUGGCGUGACCAUCAAAAAGCAACCCAACGGACGCGACAAGAUAGUAGGCAUCGGUGGACUGACUAUCGUCGACAUGCCUGGAUACGGCGAAGGUUCGCUUUCUUCCUGGGGCGUGGAGAUUAUGAAGUACAUAAGCAAUCGCAAGCAACUUCGUCGUGUAUUCGUCUUGCUGGACGCUGAACACGGUAUCAAAGAUAAAGAUCGUUCGCUACUAGCUUCUUUACGGCUGGCUGGUGUGAGCCACCAAGUUAUUCUUUCGAAACUAGACAAGCUCUAUAUUCCCAAUGCCAAGGAUAUCAAGCGCUUUGAUGGCAAAUCUGCCCGUCGCUUGGCCCCAAAGGGCACUCCUGGGGAUCUUAGGAAGGCUAUGGAGAAGCUGAAGAAUGAGAUUCAGCCACCGGUUGGAGGAGGUGCAUUAGGAGAGAUUCUUGGUGUGAGUGCGGAGACCUUGGUUGAUGGUAAGAGACUGGGUAUUGAUCAUGUGAGAUUUGCAAUUUUGAAAGCGGCGGGUUUGGAUGAGAAGUUUAAGAAGGACAUUAGUACACCUUGGGCCAGGGAUAGCUAGGAAUCCCAUAAUUGGGUAUUUCUGUUCUUAUCUUAUUUGGUUUGAAUCUUCCACAAAGUCCAAUGGUAGGAUAAAGUCAUGUGCAAGUCAAGCGAUGCUCGUAUGAUCGCCGACCUCAAGUAGUAGUAGUAGUAGUAUUGGUUUUACGUCCUAACGAGUCGCCGACCUUAAAGUAUGGCGAAUGGCUGCAAUACUUACACCGAUCUCGGGCACAAUGAAUAUAUCAC